GUGCUGCAGAUUCGUGAACAGUAGUCACUAACAGGACAGCAGCAAUUCGCGCCGACUCGAUCCAUCACGACCGUCCCGAUUCCAUUAGCGCCGAUUUUGCCGACCGACUGCGGCAGAUGGGCAUCGUGCAACCCAAUCCGACAUAUUCGCCGUCAUCUAUCGCAUCUCCCUUCCAAGAUGCCUCCGGUAUCAGUCAAUCCUUGUCAACACCGCGGUUCCCGUCCUCUUCGAGCAACGCAACCCUCGGCGUCCUCGAGGUGCGGCGGCGGCUUGAAGCUCGGGCCAAGGACGAGCUUGAAAAUGUGGGCAAGUCAACUGACACGGGCCGAGAGUUCCUCGACAUCAGUACGGUGAAGCAAAUCCUGCUGCGGCGGCAGCGCGGCGAGUCGGCAACAGAGAUUGAGGCGCGCCUAAACCUCAAGCCAGGCGUAGUCGCGAGGUUGGGCCCGGAAUCCGUCGUUGCCCCGGCAUCGUGAUUCAACCGCGAGGACGAAAUACUUCUUGCAUGACUAGCUGAGGGCUUGCUGCCAGCGGAUGGUUGUACCGCCAAAUCCAAGACCGAAACCCGCG